GUGCUCGCCAAGCAACUGAAAGGCGCGCCGCGCGGCCCGUUGAACGCGCCCGUUCUCGGCCUUGUCCUGCACUUGGCGAGUGGCCCCCAUCCACGCGAGUACGGCGCCCCCAGCCAACCGACAGACCCAAGCCGCCAUGGCCGUGAGAUGCGGAGCCACAAGGGCUUCCUCGACGACGUGACCUUGGGGAAUGACGCGAGCAACUUCGUCUACAGCGCGUUGCGGGCGGCCGGGGGGGUCCACUUCCUCGAGCUCUUCCAGAAGACCUCGGGUUUGACUAAGGACGACUUGCUGCGCCUGCAUGGCUGUUUUGAAAACGCCCUGCUGCGCAUUGCCUGCCUGGUGCGCGCGAGUGAUCAUCGCCCACUCGCCAAGAAGGCUGGAUGCUCGCGCGCCAGUGCUGAGACGUCGCGCGGCAACUUUCACUUGCGCUCUACGCUUAUGGGCCUGGAGGCGCUGGUCGCCCCAGCCAGGCGCGCUGGGUGCGCCUCCGCUAAAUGCUCGGCCGGAACGCUCCGCGCCAGUCUCGUCGGCAGCGACGCGCGCCCGGGGAAUGCAGGCGACGACGACCUCUGUUGCAUCGGCGGAGGCGCCGCCAUCAGCGAGACCAACUUCUUUGCGCCCUCGCCCCUGGAGCAGCACCUGGGCACAUGGGAGGGCGACAAGAUCCGCUCCUACCCGGCGCAGAACCGGGAGCUCGCCUAUAACGGCGGUCUCCAUUGCCGAUGGCUUUUUCUGCGGUGUCAGGCGCGCUACCUGGGAGACAAGGGCGCCGAGGCCCUCGCUGGCCGCAACGUGGGGGGCAAGUUGGCCGCCCACCUAAAGGACCGCAGCGCCGCGCAGGGAGCACGGGUCAGCAACG